UGAGUGAGGGACAAUAGAGGAGAGAGAGAGAGAGAGAAGAAGAGGGGGCCAGCCAGAGGAAGUAGCAGGGGGAGUGAGGCAUGAGGGGACUGUUCUUCUGUAUACUUACUCUGCUCAUCCUGGGGACUGUCCUGACUGCAUUCGUCUGGAACUUCUUCAGCGACCGGUGAGUCCCAUUCCUUUCACACCCCUUCUCCCCAACUUCCUCCCUCCCGGCUGGGCAGGUGUUGGAGAAGUUGGAGCCUUUAGCCCCGGUCUAGGGUGGAGUAUUAGCUCUGGCUGGAGGUAGCUAGCAUCAUGUCCUCCAGACAGACACAGAGAGGAAGGAAGUGAGUCACCACACUUCUGCUCUUAAUACUGUGAUUAUUUCACAUCGGUUGGUGUGAGUAGCUGCUCUAGUUGAACAAGGUGAAAUAUGAUAUGUUUGGUGUUGGUGGUUAUGCCUGUUCACUGGUCCCUCCCCUCCACCACCUCCCCUUCUCUCUCUCUCAAUUCAAUUUGGGGGAGGGGGGAAAGGAGGGGAUGUUUUUUUUUCCCCGCCGGGGGGGGGGGGGAAAAAAAAUUUUAAAAAACCGGGGUUUUUUCCCCCCCCCCUUUAAUUCCCCCCCCCGGGGGCGGUGGGAAAGUUGAGACCCCCGGAGGGGGGAGAAGGGGGGGAAAAAAACCCCCAAAGAAAAAAAGGAAGGGUCCCCAAUUUUUAAUUUGGGGAACAAGGGGGGGGGUGUUUGGGAAAAAGGGAAAAUAGAAGGGGUGGGGGGAAAAUUUUACUGGCCCUUCCCCCCAAAAAAAAAACAACAAGAAGGCGGGAGGGGAAAAGAUUUCUUGAAACUAUUAAAAAAACGGAAAAUCAAUAAAAUUCGAAACUUCACCGGUUCCCAAAAAAAAAACUUUCAAAUUUUUUUUCAGUUUUAAAAAGGGAAAUUUAAAACAAAAGGGAAAAAAAAAAUUUGGGUUAUUAAAUGGGUUUUGUUUUGGGCCCCGGGAAAGGGUACAAACUUGCACUGUGAUCACACUUUUGGUUUUCCCCCAGUGAAAGGGAUUAAAAAAAAAUUUUUGUUUUUGUUUUUUCCGGGGGGAAAAAAUUUCCUUUUUUCAUAAAUUCAAAAUGGGGUUUACCUUUUUUACUUUUUUUGGGGGCAGGCAAGGGUUUCUUUGAAAAAGGUGUACCCCUUUAAAGAAAACCCUCAAGCCCAAAAUAAAUUUUUAAAAUUUGGGGUAUAAAAUUUUUGUUUUUUGCCAUUGUUUUUUUAGGGAAAAAAUAUUUGGGUUUUUUUUUGUUUUGUUCUUUCCUGGUUUUUUUUUUGGGCUCAAUUUUUGGGUGUUUUGGUUUGUUUUUUUUUUGGGGGGUUUUGGGGUUUUUGGUUUGUCCCCCCCGGACGUUUAAAUUGGGGGUUUUCCCCAAGUUCACUUUGGGAGGUUAGGAAUUUGGGUCGUUUCCUUUUAAGGGGGAAGAAUUUAAAACCUCUUUCGGGAGAAAAGGGGGGCCAAUUCUCCAGCAAAUUCCUGCUUGCAAUGCAUUAUUUGGUGUUUUACGUUGUACACGAGGAUGUUUUUGCAGAAUUCGUGCAUGCAGAGUCUCAAUUUGGUGUUUGUCCCAUUUUGUGAAUUCUUGGUUGGUGAGCGGACCCCAGACCUCAGAACCAUAAAGGGCAAUGGGUUCUAUAACUGAUUCAAGUAUUUUUAGCCAGAUCCUAAUUGGUAUGUCAAAUUUUAUGUUCCUUUUUGAUGGCAUAGAAGGCCCUUCUUGCCUUGUCUCUCAGUCGUUCACAGCUUUGUGGAAGUUACCUGUGGCGCUGAUGUUUAGGCCGAGGGUAUUUAUAGGUUUUUUUGUGUGCUCUAGGGCAACGGUGUCUAGAUGGAAUUUGGUAUUUGUGGUCCUGGCAACUGGACCUUUUUUGGAACACCAUUAUUUUUGUCUUCACUGACGAUUUACUGGUCAGGGCCCAGGUCUGACAGAAUCUGUGCAGAAAUCUAGGUGCUGCUGUAGGCCCUCCUUGGUUGGUGACAGAAGCACCAGAUCGUCAGCGAACGAAGACAUUUUGACUUCAGAUUCUAGUAGGGUGAGGCCGGGCGUGCUGCAGACUGUUCUAGUGCCUCGCCAAUGUCGUUGAUAUAUAUGUUGAAGAGGUGGGGCUUAAACGCAUCCCUGUCUCACCCCACGGCCCUGUGGAAGAAAUGUGUGUGGUUUUUGUUUUCCAAUUUUUAAAAAAUUUUUUUGAAAAAAAUUUUUUUGGGAAAUUUUUUUAAAAAAAACCCCUAAGUUUUUGGGUUUUUUUUCCCCUUGGGGGUAAGGGGCCCGGUUUUUGGAAACAAAAAAAUUUCGGGGUUUUGUUUUUUGGGUUUCCCCAAAAUUGGGGGGGGGUUUUUCCCCCCCGGUUUUGGAAAAAUUUUUUUUUGUUUUUUUUGGGGGGGUUUUUUUAAGGUUUUAACUUUUUAAAAAAUUUCAAAUUGAAAUUUGGGGUAAUUUUUUAAUAAGGAAAAAAGGGGUUUUUUGGGGGGUUGGGGAGGGUUGUUUUUCGUAGUUACAUGGUAAGUAAGCAAUGAUUGGGCUUGUAUAUUUACAUGAGAGAUACGCGAUAAGAACAAGAUUUUUAGGAGGCGUGCGAUUUUUAUCCGAGUUAUUCAAGUCCAGAAGGAGGGAAGGGAAACCAGAGUAAAGAUGGAAAGAGAGAGGAUUUAGGAAGAGAGAAUGUAAGAAGAAAUGCAAAGGAAAUGAGGAAGAAAGAGCGGGAGGUUGAACGUAUUGAGUGAACAAAAGUAAGGAAGCCAGAUGAGACCAUGGUGGUAGUCUUAUAGUUGUUCUAGUUGGGAUUUGAUCAAGUAUAUAUGUUUGAUGGGUUGUUCUCUGAUAGGCCAAAAGAUUGGAGAUGUGGUAAGGUGACGCAAAAACAUACUCUCUGUGAGUAGAAGCGCAUUCAUGGGUUGAAGUGGAGAGUUUAGAUCCAGAAGUGGUUAGAGUCUGAGGAUUCUUCAAUUGAUUGGAGGAGUUCAUGACAGUGUGACUGUUCUUCUUCCGUAUACUUAUCUGUAUUUAGUGGAACUGUCGGACUCAGGUUCGGUCUGAACUUUUCUUCAGGGGUGAGUUUCAUUCUUUCUAGAUCUUCACACCAUUUCACUGUAUACUUUCUGGUCUGUAGGUUGUUGGAGAAGUUGGAAGCCUGAGGGUCAAAUAUGGUGAGGUUUACUACUGGCCCUCACUCUCCCUCUCUUCCACUCUUCUUAAAUUUAUCCACUCUUUGGUAUGCUCUCAAGUGAUGUAUUUGCUGUGUCUCGGGUCUCUCUCUCUCUCUCUCUCCUCUCUCCUCUCUCUCUCUCUCUCUCUCCAUCUCUCUCUCUCUCUCCCUCUCUCUCUCUCUCUCUCCUCUCUCUCUCUCUCUCUCCUCAGAGCAGUGGUUUUUUCCCCCCAAUGCUUGUUGGGUAUCUUAGCUAAACCACUGACACACCAUGAAUCUGUGGUGGAAAAGAGAGAGAGAGAAACAUCUGUUUGUGCCCCAGCGGAGCUGAUGGAUUUCAUAUCAUAAAUCUCAGUUUCUUGAACCACUAUUUAUGAACUCUGAACAACCUGCAUUCAUUUUACAUCUGUGUUGAAGCGAACUCAACUGUUUAUUUGACAAUGUAGAGGUAGAAUAAGAGGAAGGUGUUGCAAAGGCACAUGGAUGGUUCAACGUUGGUGCAUUUUGAAAUAUCAUACUCAGACAAAAAUAUUAUAUCAGAGCUUAUCUCCCUUUGUCCCAUUAAAACAUACAAACCUAGCAUGUGCCUGUAGGUGUGCAAGUGUGCAUCUGCAUACAUCUACCUCUAAUAACACAUUUUUACUCUGUUAGAUAUUGAUUUUAAAUAGUGAUCUAUUUUCUGUGGGAAUUUAAUAAGUCAUCUGUAGGCAGAGGGAGAUAAGUAAGUGAAAGGGGAACAGAACAUUUGUACAAGAGAUCGAGAUAGAGAGGUCACUGUAAAAUGCCUUCUCAUGCUGUUACCAAAACACGCCAGAUGAACACACUGUUGGUUUGUUUACGCUUAGUGUCUACUCCUCUGUGACAGUGAAACUUGAGAGCCAUUUUUUUCCAGUCAUGUCUCAAUAAAACUAACUGUCUAAACGGUAUCUGUCUGAAUGUGACUCUAGAAUCUCAGAGUUAAUCAUAUAACUAAGUGUGCCCCCGCACAUUUACUCUGUACCGGUACCCCCCUGUAUAUAACCUCCCUACUGUUAUUUUACUUUACUGCUGCUCUUUAGUUAUUUGCUUUUAUUUAUUUGACUUAACACUUUUUUAUUUUACUUUUUUAUUUUUAUAAAAAACCUGCAUUGUUGGUUAAGGGCUUGUAAGUAAGCAUUUCACUGUAAUGUCUACUGUAAUGUCUACACCUGUUGUAUUCUGCGCAUGUGGCAAAUACAAUUUGAUUUGAUUUGUUUGACAUUCCCCAUCUGCAGGAUAAGACAAUUAUCCCACCAUAAAUAACUGUCCACAAGAGUAGGGCAUUGUGGAGUGGGGAAACCCAUGCACCUUCUGUAGUAUGUUCAUCAAAGAUCUCUUUGUAGCUCACGUCAAGGGUGAUUUUCUGUAUACAGUAAGUUCAGGCUUGACCUUGCCCUUGGAUUUCUUAUCAGAUCUAAAACGGAUUUUUGAAAAAGUCCCCUGUCUUUCAGUUAAUUUGCGGUUGGCACUUAUGGGUGUAAUGCUGCUGUGAAACCCAUUCAAGCGUUCAGGGUUUAUUUUUUGAUGAUCAGUAAAACACGCUAGACUCAGAGGGGUAAGGUAAAAUGGCUGCCCAGUGUGUUGUGUUUUGGCUUCGGUAAUCCUUUAGCUCACCAGGUUAUUGUUACAGUACGCCCAACAUUCAGCUAUUGAUUUAAUGUAAACACUGUAAAUUACCACAUCAACACAAUUCAUUCAGUGAAGGUAACAUGGUAAACUCAAGCAAUACACUGCAAUACAACAGCAAACAAUGCAGCUAUACAAGUGUUGACAAGAUAAGUGGUGUACUGGGUUCAAACAGAGGUCUACUUGUGACUCUGUCAAAUCCAUCAUAGAUAAUUGGCUUAUCUCUUGUCCUUUUUUUACUAUUAACUGAGGUCAUCAUCCUAUUCUCUCUGUCUUCCUCUGUCCCUGUUUGUGUACAUAGCACAAAUGUCCAUCCUGGCAGCCCCCCCCACAAAGCUCCUAUUAGGAACUCUGUGCCAGACCCCUCCGGAACAUGCAAGGGCUGCAGGUGAGACUAGACACACGCCCUGGCAACCACUACCUACAAUCCUCUCUGCUCAACAACCGCCUCAUCGUCUCUCUACUGUUAUUAACUUCAUUAUAUGGUUCAUAACUGCAUGUUCUCUGUUUUGUGUGUGUAUGUCUGUGUGUGUGUGUGUGUGUGUCAAAGGGAUACAGUCACUGAAAAAGUGGUGGAGCGCUACUCUCACCGCUGGAGGAAGCAGGAGGACAAUUUCACAAAGUUCAGGUGAAAUAUAAACACACUAUAAACCCAGACUCUGAACCCCACUAAAAGCCAGCCAAGAUGAACCAAAGACCACUUUGUGAGGGUCACUAACCAUAACAAAAUGGAUGUUUCCUUUCUACUCCUAAAAGAAUGAGAAACAAAAGCAAGUGGAAGUGUGCUUCAAAGCAGAAGCGACCUGUGAAAUGUUAGCGUUUACCUCUUCAUGCUGUUAGUAGCAGUAGAAGUAGAGGUCAAAGAGUAAUGUGUGAUUGUUGCAACACCAGUCAGUCAGUCAGUGGGUGUUUUCCUUCUCAAUGCUGUCUUCCUCAGCUUCCUGUCUCUGCAGGCUAACACUGGCUUAGUAAUGCUCUCUAUACAGUAUACAGAGACUUCAACAACACCAAACACCAUCAAAGAGAACAGUAAGGAGCUUUGUGAAUGAAUAAACACUUGAAAGGAAGGACACUCAGAGCAGAAAUUCUAAAAGACAAUACUUUUCAAUAAACAUCCCUUUCCAAUGUUUAUAUUUAUAUUAAGACAAGAGGAUGAGGCCUUGUGUCACGAUCGUCUACCAGAGAGGAGGACCAAGGCGCAGCGUUGAAGGCGAACAUAUUUAUUUAUAUAAUGAUCACACGAUCAAAACAACAAAACGAUGACGUGACAGUCAAUGGUAAUACACAAACCAAAUACGAACAAGAAACCACACCAAAUGAAUGCCUAACGGCUACCUAAGUAUGACUCCCAAUCAGAGACAACGAGCUACAGCCGUCUCUGAUUGGGAGCCACCCUGGCCAACAUAGAUAUACCAAACCAGAAAGUGAAACCUAGAACACACAUAGACUAUACACACCCUGGCUCAACAUAUUAGAGUCCCCAGAGCCAGGGCGUGACAGUACCCCCCCGUAAAGGCGCGGACUCCGACCGCGCCCACCAAAUACCACAGGGGAGGGAACGGGUGGGCACUCCGCUUAGGCGGCGGAUCCGGCUCCGGGCCUGAUCCCCGCUCCCUCUCCAACCCCCCAAGGUACCCCUGGUCCGGUCUGGCCCCGCUGGCCGGAGCUGGACUGCACACUGGUGGAGCGGAUUGCUCUAGCUCCGGCGUGAAGCAUCUGACCGGUGCCGGACCAGCCACCGGUGGAACAGGCACGGGCCGUGCCGGACUGACGACGCACACCACUGGCUUGGUGUGGGGAGCAGGAGCGGGCCGAGCCGGGCUGUCGAAGCGCACCCCUGACUUGGUGCGGGGAACAGGCACGGGCCGUGCCGGACUGACGACGCACACCACUGGCUUGGUGUGGGGAGCAGGAGCGGGCCGAGCCGGGCUGUCGAAGCGCACCCCUGACUUGGUGCGGGGAGCAGGAACGGGCCGAGCCGGGCUGACGAAGCGCACCACUGACUUGGUGCGGGGAGCAGGAACGGGCCGAGCCGGGCUGACGAAGCGCACCACUGACUUGGUGCGGGGAGCAGGAACGGGCCGAGCCGGGCUGACGAAGCGCACCACUGACUUGGUGCGGGGAGCAGGAACGGGCCGAGCCGGGCUGACGAAGCGCACCACUGACUUGGUGCGGGGAGCAGGAACGGGCCGAGCCGGGCUGACGAAGCGCACCACUGACUUGGUGCGGGGAGCAGGAACGGGCCGAGCCGGGCUGACGAAGCGCACCACUGACUUGGUGCGGGGAGCAGGAACGGGCCGAGCCGGGCUGACGAAGCGCACCACUGACCUGGUGCGGGGAGCAGGAACAGGCCGGACCGUACUGGGGACACACACCACUGGUCCUACGCCGGGAUCUGGAAUGGGCCGGACCGGACUGGUAACACACCCCAGUACCUCUCGCCGUGCCUCUACACCUUCCACCCCCUCUUCGACCAGUGGCCCCCGUAACCUGGCGGCCUCCUCUGCCAACCCGCUGGGCCGCUCUGCCGCGGUCUCCUGCUGGCCCGUCGUCCACGGCGUUAGCCCCCCCCUAAAAAAUUUCUGGCCGUCUCUCCUACCCGUGGACCAGGUCUCCAUGUCCCUCGCCAGCCUUUCGCCCUUCUGCCACAAUGUCAAGCCCUUCUCUUCCUCACCCGGCUUGACCCAGUCGAGGAGGCGAAGGAGAUCUGCUAGAGAUCUCCCUGGCGAUGGCUCCUGGACACGCUGCUUGGUCAAAUCUUGGUGGUUUCUUCUGUCACGAUCGUCUACCAGAGAGGAGGACCAAGGCGCAGCGUUGAAGGCGAACAUAUUUAUUUAUAGAAUGAUCACACGAUCAAAACAACAAAACGAUGACGUGACAGUCAAUGGUAAUACACAAACCAAAUACGAACAAGAAACCACACCAAAUGAAUGCCUAACGGCUACCUAAGUAUGACUCCCAAUCAGAGACAACGAGCUACAGCCGUCUCUGAUUGGGAGCCACCCUGGCCAACAUAGAUAUACCAAACCAGAAAGUGAAACCUAGAACACGCAUAGACUAUACACACCCUGGCUCAACAUAUUAGAGUCCCCAGAGCCAGGGCGUGACACCUUGUUUAUGUAUUCCUGUAUCUGAUAUUUUCUUCCAUUUAUCACCAGUAGCUUUUUAUACCUAACUUAUCAACCAGUCUGUUUUAAAAUAAGAUAAAAGAGUAUGUGAUUAAUUUACAGUACGCUUUUAAUACUGUCUCUUUAUCUUAUAAUCAAAAGGUUAUUAUUGUGUUCUCAGGUCUCUUCUGCGUGACAAAUGUCAUGGACUCACCAAGGCUAUGGUGACACAGGCCAACACUCCUCUGGGGUCAAAGGUUGUGUACGAUGGAGAGAAGAGGAAGCCUCUUCAGGUGACCCCUGAACUGUUCAGCACCUUCGCUAAGGUUCGUUGCUCUGGUCCAGAGUGUCACCUCAAUGAUUAGUGUGGGUUUAAGAAAGAGAGUGACAUGACACAUGUUGUGUUGCCUACAGGAGAAUCCUUUUGUGAAUACGACAUGGGAUACGUGUUCUGUUGUUGGGAAUGGGGGAAUCCUAGCUAACAGCAGCUGUGGAGAGAAAAUCGACUCCGCCCAGUUUGUUAUCAGGUGUGAGACAGAAAACGUACUCCACAAUAAUGACCAUUUCCUAUCAAACAUUGUUAGACACAACUUUACUGACUACUUCCCUCUAUGUCUCCCUCUCUCAGGUGUAACCUCCCUCCUCUGGAAAAUGGCUAUAAGAGAGACGUGGGCAACAAGACAGACCUGGUGACAGCUAAUCCCAGCAUCCUCAUGGAGAAGUGAGUUUGGGAGCUCAUUGUGCUUCUCAUAUUGCCUAUCACCUGGUAUUUUAUAGUGGAUUAAGAAAUGACCUGAUCAUAUAUUCUUGUGCUGGUCAAAUUCAUCUCCUCCAGCUGUUCUUCACCUCUUUUUUUCUCUCCAUCCCAUCCUCUCUCAGAUAUGGGGGCCUGCAGGGGCGUCGUCGGCCCUUCGUGGAGAGCCUGCGUAGCUAUGGCGACUCCCUGAUGCUCCUGCCAGCCUUCUCGUACGGCCACAACACGCCCGUGUCUCUGCGGGCCCUCUACACCAUCCAGGACUUUGGCAGCCCCUCACGGCCCGUCUUCCUCAACCCAGAGUACCUCCAGAGUCUGGCUGUCUUCUGGCGGGGCCAGGGCCUGCAGACGGUACGCCUCAGCACAGGACUCAUCGUGGCUAGCCUGGCGCUGGAGCUGUGUGCCAACGUGCAUCUCUACGGGUUCUGGCCCUUUAAUCAACACCCCAACAGAAACCAGCCCCUCACCAACCACUACUACGACAACAGGCAGAGUAAGAAGACGGUGCACUCCAUGCCCGCUGAGUUUGACCACCUGCUGAGGCUCCACAGCCAGGGCGUGCUCAGGAUACACCUGGGAGAGUGUGCGUCCGCCGGCAGGUAGGCCCCACCCCUUUACCGGCACCUUACCUACAGCUAGGACAGACACAACAGGGGCAUAGGGCCCUCCUAUAGACUCUCUCAGGAGUCUUACCCAGUCAUGCACUUACCCAGUCAUGUCUUUGCUACGUGCCAGAUCGGAUGGCCCCGACUGGCCCCAAACGCUCUGGUAUUCAGCACAGGGGCAUAUUUUAUGUGCCAACUAGCUGGUCACAGUGGAGGAGCAAGGUGGAGGCUGGGACAUGUAGUCUCCACAGCAGCCGUUUGUAGAUUCUUAGUGUGAGAGUCUGCAGAACAGGUUGAUCUUCAAUCAAAUGAUUUGUACUGUACCCAAAAUGGGUGUAAAUACAUGAAGCAUGCAUAUCAUAUACUGUAUAGAUUUACAAUUAUGUAUUUAUCAUCACAAGUGUUCCAGCUGGAAUCUAGAGAAUGUUUUUGUUUUGUUGGACUUCAACUGAGAAGCCAUUUUAGUGGUUAAACAUGUAUGGUUUAGAUGAGGCCUUCCAAACUACAGGGGGGUCAGUGUAGUGCCUAAAAACCUUCCUGACUGUAGCCAAAAAUACCACAUUUGAGCCUUUAAGAGUUAACAGAAUGUAUGGUCAUGUCAAUCAAAUACGUCCUGGAUUGGACAAUCUUUAGCUGGACUGUUACAUUCAGAUUUACAGUACCAGUCAAAAGUUUGGACACCUACUCAUUCAAGGGUUUUUCUGUAUUUUUACUAUUUUCUACAUUGUAGAAUAAUAGUGAAGACAUCAAAAUUAUGAAAUAAAAGUGUUAAACAAAUCAAAAUAUAUUUUAGAUUCUUCAAAGGUGCCACCCUUUGCCUUGAUGACAGUUUUGCACACUCUUGCAUUCUCUCAACCAGCUUCACCUGGAAUGCUUUUCCAACAGUCUUGAAGGAGUUCCCACAUAUGCUGAGCACUUGUUGGCUGCUUUUCCUUCACUCUGCGGUCCAACUCAUCCUUAACCAUCUCAAUUGGGUUGAGGUCGGGUGAUUGUGGAUACCAGGUCAUCUGAUGCAGCACUCUACUUCUUGGUCAAAUAGCCCUUACACAGCCUGCAGGUGUGUUGGGUCAUUGUCCUGUUGAAAAACAAAUGGUAGUCCCACUAAGCGCAAACCAGAUGGGAUGGCAUAUCGCUGCAGAAUGCUGUGGUAGCCAUGCUGGUUAAGUGUGCCUUGAAUUCUAAAUAAAUCACAGACCGUGUCACCAGCAAAGCACCCCCACACCAUCACACCUCCUCCAUGAUUCAAGGUGGGAACCACACAUGCGGAGAUCAUCCGUUCUCACAAAGACACGGCUGUUGGAACCAAAAAUCUCAACUUUGGACUCCUCAGACCAAAGGACAGAUUUCCACCGGUCUAAUGUCCAUUGCUUGUGUUUCUUGGCCCAAGCAAGUCUCUUCUUCUUAUUGAUGUCCUUCAGUAGUGGUUUUGUUGCAGCAAUUCGACCAUGAAGGCCUGAUUCACGCAGUCUCCUCUGAACAAUUGAUGUUGAGAUGUGUCUGUUACUUGAACUCUGUGAAGCAUUUAUUUGGGCUGCAAUCUGAGGUGCAGUUAACUCUAAUAAACUUAUCCUCUGCAGCAGAGGUAACUCUGGGUCUUCCUUUCCUGUGGCGGUCCUCAUGAGGGCCAGUUUCAUCAUAGCGCUUGAUGGUUUUUGCGACUGCACUUGAAGAAACUUUCAAAGUUCUUGAAAUGUUCCGUAUUGACUGACCUUAAUGUUUUAAAGUAAUAAAGGACUGUUGUUUCUCUUUGCUUAUUGGAGCUGUUCUUGCCAUAAUAUGGACUUGGUCUUUUACCAAAUAGGGCUAUCUUCUGUAUUCCACCCCUACCUUAUCACAACACAACUUAUUGGCUGAAACGCAUUAAGAAGGAAAGAAAUUCCACAAAUUAACUUUUAACAAGGCACACCUGUUAAUUGAAAUGCAUUCAAAAUGAAAUCAAAAGUUAUUUGCCACAUGCACCGAAUACAACAGGUGUAGACAUUACAGUGAAAUGCUUACUUACAAGCCCUUAACCAACAAUGCAGUUUUUAAAAUAAAAAAAUAAAAUAAAAAAAGUGUUAAGUAAAAAAAAUUAAAGCAAAUAACUAAAGAGCAGCAGUAAAAUAAAAUAACAGCAGGGAGGCUAUAUACAGGGGGGUACCGGUACAGAGUCAAUGUGCGGGGGCCCCGGCUAGUCGAGGUAAUUAAGGUAAUAUGUACAUGUGGGUAGAGUUAAAAUGUCUAUGCAUAAAUAAUAAACAGAGUAGCAGCAGCGUAAAAGAGGGGGGUGGGGUGGGGUGGGGGGGCAGUGCAAAUAGUCAGGGUAGCCAUGAUUAGCUGUUCAGGAGUCUUAUGGCUUGGGGGUAGAAGCUGUUGAGAGCCUUUUGGACCUAGACUUAGUGCUCCGGUACCGCUUGCCGUGCGAUAGCAGAGAGAACAGUCUAUGACUAGAGUGGCUGGAGUCUUUGACAAUUUUUAGGGCCUUCCUCUGACACCGCCUGGUAUAGAGGUCCUGAAUGGCAGGAAGCUUGGCCCCAGUGAUGUACUGGGCCAUACGCACUACCCUCUGUAGUGCCUUGCGGUCGGAGGCCGAGCAGUUGCCAUACCAGGCGAUGCCAUACUCUCGAUGGUGCAGCUGUAGACAUUUUUGAGGAUCUGAGUAUGGUAUGGCAACUGCUCGGCCUCUUUUCAGGCUUUGCCGUGCCCUCUUCACGACUGUCUUGGUGGGUUUGGACCAUGAUAGUUUGUUGGUGAUGUGGACACCAAGGAACUUGAAGCUCUCAACCUGUUCCACUACAGCCCCGUCAAUGAGAAUGGGGCGUGCUCAGUCCUCUUUUUUUUUCCUGUAGUCAACAAUCAUCUCCUUUGUCUUGAUCACAUUGAGGGAGAGGUUGUUAUCCUGGCACCACACAGCCAGGUCUCUGACCUCCUCCCUAUAGGCUGUCUCAUCGUUGUCGGUGAUCAGGCCUACCACUGUUGUGUCGUCGGCAAACUUAAUGAUGGUGUUGGAGUCGUGCCUGGCCAUGCAAUCAUGGGUGAACAGGGAGUACAGGAGGGGACUGAGCACGCACCCCUGAGGGGCCCCCGUGUUGAGGAUCAGCGUGGCAGAUGUGUUGUUACCUACCCUUACCACCUGGGGGCGGCCCGUCAGGAAAUCCAGGAUCCAGUUGCAGAGGGAGGUGUUUAGUCCCAGGAUCCUUAGCUUAGUGAUGAGCUUUGAGGGCACUAUAGUGUUGAACGCUGAGCUGUAGUCAAUGAAUAGCAUUCUCACAUAGGUGUUCCUCUUGUCCAGGUGGGAAAGGGCAAUUUGGAGUGCAAUAGAGAUUGCAUCAUCUGUGGAUCUGUUGGGGCGGUAUGCAAAUUAGGGUGGGUCUAGGGUUUCUGGGAUAAUGGUGUUGAUGUGAGCCAUGACCAGCCUUUCAAAGCACUUCAUGGCUACAGACGUGAGUGCUAUGGGUCGGUAGUCAUUUAGGCAGGUUAUCUUAGUGUCCUUAGGCAUAGGGACUAUGGUGGUCUGCUUGAAACAUGUUGGUAUUACAGACUCAGUCAGGGACAUGUUGAAAAUGUCAGUGAAGACACUUGCCAGUUGGUCAGCACAUGCUCGGAGUACACGUUCUGGUAAUCCGUCUGGCCCUGCGGCCUUGUGAAUGUUGACCUGCUUAAAAGUCUUACUCACAUUCCAGGUGACUAACUCAUGAAGCUGGUUGAGAGAAUGCCAAGGGUGUGCAAAGCUGUCAUCAAGGCAAAGGGUGGCUACUUUGAAGAAUCUCAAAUAUAAAAUAUAUUUUGAUUUGUUUAACACUUUUUUGGUUACUACAUGAUUCCAUGUGUUAUUUCAUAGUUUUGAUGUCUUCACUAUUAUAUCUACAAUGUAGAAAAUAGUAAAAAUAAAGAAAACCCCUUGAAUGAGUAGGUGUGUCCAAACUUUUGACUGGUACUGUAUAUUUUAUAUCAAUGAUGAUUAAAUGUGUUGUCUCAUUAUGACAUGGUGUAUUAUACAUUCAAUGUGGUACUGGGUCUUCCAUGUAAUUGUAUUUAUUUAACCUUUAUUUAACUAGGCAAGUCAGUUAAGAACAAAUUCUUAUUUACAAUGACGGCCUACACCAGCCAAAACCGGACGACGCUGGGCCAAUUGUGCGCUGCCCUAUGGGACUCCCAAUCACGGCCGGUUGUGAUACAGCCUGGAAUCGAACUAGGAGGUCUGUAGUGACGCCUCAAGCACUGAGAUGCAGUGCCUUAGACCGCUGCGCCACUCGGGAGCAAUGAGUCCCUUUGAUAUUCUAAGUAGAAAUUGUGCACCAAUAUUGAAUUUUAAAAGACUGUUAUAUUAAAUGAAAUGCCCUUUGAUAUAGACCACAUGGAAAAUUUAAUAAAUCAGAUUUUUUACAUGAAUAAAGACUUGCUAAAGUGGCAAGAUUCUGCAUUUUUAUAUGUCCCUCUGUGCACCCUCUGUGACUUCAAGAAAGAUGGUAACCCACUUAACCUCAACAUCUUUUCACCAUCGUUGUAAAGCCCUAGUUAUUUUGUUGCUUUGACAAAGUCAUUUCUGAAGAUUAUAAUUUAUUUCAUAUGAUUUAGUUAUUAAUUUUAAAGUAAAAAACAACAACCUGUCCCUCAUUUUAAGGUCAACCCUGUUACGUGAACUGAACUCUCGUUUUAAUAUGGUGAAACUUUUCCUUUUUUUAUUGGGAAAAGAAACAUUGAAUAUCUAAUAGUCAAAUCAUAAUGUAAAAGCAGGUGAGCUGGUUCUACUCUUUUUGGCAAUUUUCUGGUGUUUUGUGGUGGAAAACUGAGUGGGUCAAGCAUAACUUGUCAACCCUGUUACCCAUAGAGGAACAGGCUAGAAAUGAUUUAACAUUUUCAUUUUUUUUGUGACACUUGCAUUCAAGUGCCCCUCUCUGUUGCACACAACAAGCUUCCAUUCCUCCUGUCACAAGGGGAUUUAUGGCUGAUUUAAGAUGAAAUCGUCAACCCUGUUGUGGUCAACCCUGAUACUUUAUUUGGCACUUAAUAGGCACUUACUAUAGUCAUUUUUUUAUUCAACCUCUUGAGAUGGGAAAACACGUUUUUUAUUAAGUUGAACAUGUGCUCUUCAUGACAGAAUGUUAAAAUUAGGUGAAAUAAAACAGGUUCUUUUUUUCUCCACCAAGUUAGACAACCCAAAACCCAGCUAACAAUCGUUCCCACAACUUUAGGUCACCAGAAGGGACUCAUUUCCUGGAACGACCCUACUACUAUACCAACACUUUGUUUCAUCAUUUCAAAAUACAUUUUGGGAAAGAAAAACAGUGUUUCAAUGAUCCUGUAAACAUAAAAUAACAACAAAGGGUUCUUACACAGCAAGGACUGUACUAGAUACCUUACCCAGGCCAAACUAACUCAGUGUAAUGAUGCUGGAGCACGCAAUUGUCUUUGCACCUAAUUUAGGAACAAAUGUGAAAAUAUUCAAGUGAGUGUCAUUAGUCCAAUGUUUGAAAGUGAACUGGCACAGUUUGUUUUAUUAAUAAUAUUACCACACUGAUGUUACAUAACCCUUCAAACAGAGAUCUUUUCUAUUCUGGUUCUUUGUACCGUUUGGCAGUCCUGGAUGUAGCACAGAGAUGGCCUGGGCCCCAGCCUCAGCCUCAGGCCUCAGUCUCCAGGCUGGCUCUCUGGGUAGUGCCAUGGCCACACUGGCACAACGCAAGACAACCUCCCAGACCCAGAAGCCUUGGGCUGGGCCCGACACCAAUGUCUCUGGACCCUCGGGACUGGGGCAGGGUGCUUCUGAAGACCCCACACAGGGUUCAAACUCAGAGCAGAGGACAAAACAGAGGAGGGGGAACAGAAGGUGACCAGGGAAGUGAUGACACCCAUAAACAUUUCUGGGGAGUCUCCUUUCAAAAAUGUUUUCCAUGGUUACCAGCUCACACAGGUCAAAGUGUUAUAAUUAAGCAAUAAGGCCAGAGGAGGUGUGGUAUAUGACCAAUAUACCACGGCCAAGGGCUGUUCUAAUGCACGACGCAAC